UUUGUGUGAGCAGAUAUGUUUGCAGAAGAAGAAGAAGGAGAAGUUCAUGCUACAUAUGUGCCACCAGCUGCUACUAUGGGAACAACUAUAGUGUCCAGUGUUGUCUACAAUGAUUUACAUCCUUCUAUCUUACCUGGACAGCUUGUCCACCAGUUUUUGCUUAAAACUGAGAGCCUGUCUCUUCCACUUUGUUAUGGUGUCUAUGGACUUGUCAGCCUUAAACUUCUUCACCAUCCCAAUAAAGAGCUGUUUGUGAAUGGUGAGCUUGAUGAAGUAUUGUUUGGAGGAUUCAAAAGGAUUGCCAUACAUGCAGCUGCUGCACACUUUGAGUUUGAUGCCGUGAAAACCAUUGUACGAGAUGGACAGUCCACAGUAGAGUACCUUCAACAGGUUGAAGUUGUUUCUCGUAAUAGUGUGACGGUGAUCAGGCGGGCCAAAGAAAUAGAUGUUGUAAGUGGAGACACACGUAUUGUCUUCCUGAUUCAUGAGAAGGAAGGCAACUUUUAUCUCUGGCCUGUUAUAAGACAACAGCCAAUGGACACCAACGUUACAGGGAUUUUAGCUCUAAAGCCAGCAGUUUAUGAAGAGGUACAGCAAACCCCCUCAACUAUACUCAAGAUCCAAAACAUGGAGGUCACUGCUACCAGAUCCACAACUGUUGACUACAGUAUCGCCUCUGCUCCGACACUGGACUGCUGGUUUGUGCCCCCUGAGUUCGCCUUACAGAGACCCAUAAAUGAGUUCAUCGUUACACAAAUUUAACUGGGAAAGGUGUUUAAUCUCUUACAAGGAUUUCAUCAAAAAAAACAUGUUAGACCAUGGAAAAAUAUUUUUGACCUUUUAGUGACAAAACUUGUCCCAGAUUCUUAGUUGUCUGGAAAGACCUUAAUGAAUAAAUAUUUUCCCAAAGGA